AUGAAGGAAGAAGCGCUAAAGGGAUUAAUCGAGAAAGCCGAGUUAUCUGAACGUCUGUCCGAAAGCCCAUGUGCUCUCGUGGCCGGUACUUACGGUUGGUCUGGCAACAUGGAGCGUAUUCUGCGCGCUCAGGCUCAUCACAAGGGAGAUGAUUCUUCUUCUGACUUCUACUGGAAAAUGCCCAAAACCCUAGAAAUCAAUCCCAGACAUCCGUUGAUAAAAGAGCUGAAUAACCGCGUGAAAGCAGAUGUUGCAGACAAAGAAGCUAAGCAAACAGCUGAGCUGCUGUUCUAUCUGGCAACCCUGAGAUCUGGGUACACAGUCCAAGAUUCUGUUGAUUUUGCAAAUAAAAUUGAACUUGUCAUGAGAAAGAACCUGGCAGUGGAUGAAAAUGAAAAGGUGGAGGAGGAAUUAGAAGAGCUGGAUGAGCCUGCUGAUAACGAAACCAAAGUGAAUGACGAAGAUUCUGAAGAGGCAACAUGCGGAACUUGUCGCAAACUGCUCCAUUGGUCUUCAUCGGCUGACCAAGAUGAAGAUAAUGUUGACGAAGACGAGGGCACGGAUGACGAUGAGGAAGAGAAUGAACCGAUUCUGGAGGCAAAGGAUGCGAUAGGUGAGAACGGUGAUGAUUAUGUCGAAUGUAAGCUUGUGAUGCGUAUCAGACGUGAGGGUAAAUAUAGUACCAAACAAAUCGUAGCCAAACACGGCAAACGUUUAGCUGAAACUAAGACGGAAGGGAACCAAUUUGAUCAUGAAGAAGUCACCCCAGCGGAGGAUGAUGAAACGACUGAGGCAGAUGAGGUUGCGGAUGAGGAUGAUAUCGAUUUGGAUCUGACUGAAUCAGAAGAAGUUGAUGAACCUGAUGAAUUAGAUGAUUACCCGGAAUAUGAGGAGGGCCAGUCAGACAUGCAAGAUGAUUCAGAUGAACCCGAAGAGUAUGAAACUGCUUUGACCGAGGAAAAGGAUCCAGAGUCUGAUGAAGAUGACGUCGAUGAAGACCUUGUGGAAGAGGAUACGGAAGAGAUGGACGUGAAAAAAUAUAGUAGCAAACAGAAAGAAGACAAAAGGGGUGAUCUUGAAGAGGAGAAAGAAACGAAAUCACGAAGCCUAGGUGAAGAGGGACUGCGUCGACUUAGGCGAUUUAUUACCUGGAUGGGUUAUGGAAGCAGUAAAGAGAAACAUAAUGAGGAAAACAAUUCUGGUUCAUCAGACUUGACUCCAGAACAAAAAGAGGAAGAAGUUGAGUCAGAUGAGGAGGACGAAUCGUAUGCCAGUGCAGUUCUGGAUGAUGAGGAAAUUGAAGACGAAGAGGUGCCGGAUCCUGACGUGGAAGAUUACUCUGAGUCAGCUUUGGAUGACGAUUACGAACCCAUAGAAGAUCCUGAAUUUGCAGGCUGGCGCAAGAUGCACACCAGUCAAGGACGACACACACCUUCCAUGGGAGGUCGACAACUAUUGGCAGUAAAACCCCCAACGACCACACCAACAACAGUGAAAAAGUCCAAGGCCUCUACAACGACAAGCGGUACCAAACCGCCAAAGUUAGUCAAGAAAAAACCGGCUCCGGUUGCGAAAUCACCAGAGCAGGUCAAGCCUAAAAUACCGACACCAACAAAACCAAGUCAAGGACAAAAACCGGGUUUACAACAACCGGCGAAACCAGCAAAAGCACCCACAGUGAAAGCGGCUCAAGGUCAACAGCAACAACAGCACCAUUCUCAUCAACAUCAUCGUGCCCAGACUGCAAGUGGUAGUUCUCAACCCAAAGCAGAAGUUGAACUCACAAUUCACGCAUUCAAAGAGCACUUGGCAAAGAAACCGAAACCCGCACCUAAGCCGAAACCGGUUCGCAUGGUUGGCACCGCAAAUGAUCAUGACUGUGACGGGAUUCCAGACGACAUCGACGAGGAUGUGGACAAUGAUGGACUCUUAGAUCGUACCCAAGACUCCGAUUGGGAUGGAGAACUGAAUCACGUCGAUCUGGAUGAUGACAAUGAUGGAAUCCCUGACACUGAGGAUGAAGAUGCGAACGGAGAUGGGAUUCCUGACUGUCGUGCGGACACCUUUGAUCAUCAACUGAUGGUUCGGUUCCGCACAAAGAAACGCACAGUGGACAGUGACUUGGAUGGAAUUCCGGAUGAUGUUGACGGUGAUGAUGACGAUGACGGAAUUCCCGACCUGAUGGAAGACGAAGACGGGGAUCAAAUCCCGGAUAUCUUUAAUCUGAGCAAGCACGAAUUGACAAACGCGGAAGAUAUGCAUCAAGUGACAAAACAUAUGGCCAAACACGGUUGGCUAGAUCACGACUGUGAUGGAAUUCCCGAUCAUUUGGAUCCGGACGAUGAUAACGACGGAUUUUUCGACAAUAAACAAGAUAGCGAUCGUGAUGGAAUUCUGAAUGAGUGGGACGAUGAUGAUGACAAUGACGGCAUUCCGGACAGUGAGGAUCCAGACUCCAAUGGUGAUGGAAUUCCUGAUUGUAUCAUGAAGGAUAGCGACGGCGACGGGAUACCAGAUCACAUUGAUACAGAUGAUGACAAUGAUGGAAUCCCUGAUCUGCAUGAUCCAGACCAUCCCGCGUUUAACUACUUCAAAGAUUCGGACAACGAUGGUAUACCUGAUGUACUGGAUAAAGACGACGAUAAUGAUGGCAUACCAGACCACUACGAUCAGGACUCUGAUGGAGACGGAACGAAUGAUUUCUUCCAGGAUUUGGAUAAGGAUGGAGUUCCCGACAGUCUGGAUGAUGACAUGGACAACGAUGGUGUGCCUGACCAUUUGCAAGAUCACGAUUGUGACGGUAUACCAGAUAUCAUCGAUCCAGAUGAUGAUAAUGAUGGAUACUUUGACAAUAAGCAGGUAAGAUUGCUGAGUGAAGAAUAG